AUGGCCGACUACUGGAAAUCAACGCCCAAAUACUGGUGCAAGCACUGCCAGACCUACGUCCGCGACACCAAGCUCGAGCGCACCAACCACGAGGCCACCGCCAAGCAUCAGGCUGCCGUCAAGCGCGCCCUGCGUGACCUACACCGCGCCGCCGAGCAGCAGGAGAAGGAGAAGGAGAGGGCGCGGAAGGAGAUCGAGAGGUUAAAUGGCGUUGUUUCGGGCAAGCCGAGCAGUUUGUCGACAGGGCUCGGGCAGAAGACAAGUGCUGGGGGAACAAAACCGAGUGGGGGUAUAUACGGUGUGCCGCCGGCGACGAUUUCUGAGGCCGAGAGACAAAGACAGCUGGAGCAACUUGCUGAGCUGGGUGUCAACAUCCCGACUGAGCUACGAGGGAACAUGGCGAUGGCAGGGGAAUGGACUGUUACGUCUACAAAAAUCAUCGAGCACACCCCUGAAGGGGAGAAGACCAACAGCAGUGAGGAAGCUGCGUCUGCGGAAGGCCGCGCAGUGGGAGUGAAGAGAGAGAGGGAACAAACGGAGGAGGAGAAGGAACAAGAAGAGGCGAUUAAGGGGCUGUUUAAGAAGCCUAGAAAGUGGGGGGUCGACUCGAAGGCUAUGCCGACGCAGGAAGAUGCGGAAUUGGAGGAGUUGUUGAAGGGGCCUCUUUUGAAGACGAAGAAGGAGGAGAAGAAGGUGAAGGAGGAAGAGACGGAAGUUAAGGAGGAAGACGUCGAGGACGGGAAGGACAAAGGGGAAGUGAAGGCGGAGGGGUCACCUAAGGUCAAGAAGGAGAUUAGCGAGACAGUAGGGGUUGAUGCUGCGUUGAAGGAGGUCGAGGAGCAGAAAGAGGGUGCGGGGGAGCCGGCUGUGGUGUUUAAGAAGAGGAAGGCUAAGAAUAUCAGGCAGAAGUGA